AUGAUGACCAUGUCAAGUGAACCGCACCACCACCACCACCACCAUCAGCAACAGCAGCCUCAGCAAAAACAACAACAACAACAACAACAACAACAACAACGAAAGCCUAGCUCUACUUCACCUACAUUAUCCACUAUUCUAAACAAGAAAUCCACAUCCUCAUCAUUGGAUACACCAAUGAAAGAGUACUUACCAACACCUGUUACACCUGCUUCGGAUUUCCCUCAUCAAAUUCAACAACAACAUAACAAAAAAGAUACCAACCAUACUACAACCUCAUCAGCAGGUGUUUACAGCACAUUUUCAGUGAUCAAACCACCUCAAGCUACCAACACAUCAGCAGCAGCAGCAGGGUCCUCAGCAGCAGCAGCAGCCUCUCAAUCCAGCUCGACAUCCACAUCACCCAAAAGCAAUCAAACAACUGACGCUAAGCCUUACCCAUGUCCAGAAUGCCAUCAAACAUUCAGUCGACCUCAUAAUUUGAAAUCACAUCUUACUACACAUUCCUCUGAGAGGCCUUUUCAAUGUGAUGUGUGUAAUCAUCAUUUUAGAAGACAUCAUGACCUGAAGCGCCACCAAAAGUUGCAUACGGGUGAGCGUCCGUAUGUUUGCAAGGAUUGUUAUCGUUCAUUUGCAAGACUAGAUGCAUUGAAUCGUCAUCGUCGUGCGGAGGGUGGCACAGCUUGCAGUGCGGUACAUCAACAACAACAGCAACAGCAGCAACAGCAGCAACAGCAGCAGCAGCAGCAGCAGCAGCAGCCGCAUGGCCGUCAUGGAUAUAUCAAACAGGAGCCUUUAGCAGUAGAGAAAUCACAAUCUUCUACCUCAAAUUCUGCCUCUGGCAUUUCACUAGCUAACGCCACUUUUCGUGCUAAUAACAGUGGCGUUGUACCGAGUCCAUCAUCACAGGCUCCUGCUUCUAGUACUUCAUCAGCAAGCACAACACCAACCACCGCUACAGCGCGCCCCAUCAUUCCUCAACUACAUAUUCCUCAUCCUGCUUCGCAUUUGUAUCCAAAAGACUCUCCUAUACCUCCAACACAUUCGCCGCCAAAGCAGCAACUAUUACCAUCUCCAAGUGCUUUAUCUACAUUACCUAUUGCAAAUAAUAACAAUCUAACGCCUAUUUAUCAACAACAACAAGCUAAAAGUUUACCCACUACACCGUCAUCUCCUCCCGCCCAUUCAAACACUAGAUAUCAUCCUUAUCAACAAUGGUCACCUUACCAUCACAAACAACAACAGCAACAGCGCCCAACAUUACCACCACUUUCAUCGCCUCCUCCAUACCAGCAACAGCAACAGCAAGAACUAUCUCACCUGGAAAGACUCCAACAAGAGAAUGAAGAAUUGAAGCGUGAUAUUAAUAAGUUAAGAGCCAUGGCUCAAAAGGAGGCCAGUUCAUUGAAAUCUCGAGUACAUGAUCUAGAAGUCGAGAACAAAGUAUUGCGUUCUUUGAUCCAGAAUCCUAAUCCCAACCAAACAGCAACAUCGACAGCUAGCGGUACAGCUCAGUUAGAACAACAUUGCCGUGGUAAUAGUCAGAGUAGUAGUCAUAGCGUUAGCACAAAUGGCAGUAUGCACCAUUAA